AAUACUAGUCAUUUUUGAAUUGAAGAUGACCGAUAUCGCCGCCAUUCUUUCGUAAUCGUGAAUGAUCGUCUAUCGAAAUGAAAAUACACGACGCUCUUAUAACUGUCAAAACGGAAACAUUCAAUAUUUUGCGUUUUAUUGUCUUAUCAAUAAAGUUAUAAGAAUGAGUAACACAGCAUAUAUAUUGGACAAUGGUGCAUUUGUUGCAAAGGUCGGUCUCUCCAAUGAUUCUCCGAAACUGGUUCCGAACUGCAUUAUGAAAGCAAAGAGUGAGCGACGAAGGCCUUUUGUUGGUAAUCAAAUAGAAGAAUGCCGCGAUGCAUCCGGCUUAUUUUAUAUUUUGCCAUUUCAAAAAGGGUAUCUGAUUAAUUGGGAUAUUCAGAAAACUGUUUGGGAUUAUAUUCUCUCAAAAGAAUGUUGUCCGGCCAAUCUUAGUCAGAUGCCCACUGUGGUAACCGAACCGUUAUUCAACUUUCCAUCAGUCCAAGAAGCAAUGACUGAAAUAUUUUUUGAAGAGUAUGAGUGUCAAAGUUUGUUAAGAAUUAAUGCUACAGGAUUAUCUUGCUACAACUACAGGCAUAAAAAUCCAAACAGUAAAUGCUGUCUUGUAGUCGAUAGUGGAUACAGCUUCACUCAUGUGGUACCUUAUGUAAAUGGCGUUAAAGUUAAGGAAGCUAUUAGAAGGAUAGAUGUAGGUGGAAAAUUAUUAACCAAUCAUCUGAAAGAGAUAAUUUCUUAUCGCCAAUUACACGUAAUGGAUGAAACUUAUGUGGUUAACCAAGCUAAAGAAGAUUCCUGCUUCGUAUCACAGGAUUUUUAUAAGGAUAUGGAAGAGGCUAAACAAAAACUUGAAAAUAAUUCCAUCGCUAGAGAUUAUGUUCUCCCUGAUUACACUACAUUGAGAAGAGGUUUCCUGAGGAAACCAGAAGUUUCUGGAGAACAGCAGACUUUACGUUUGAACAACGAAAGAUUCGCUAUCCCAGAAAUUCUGUUUCAUCCAUCAGAUGUUGGUAUACAACAAAUGGGAAUACCUGAAGCAAUUGUCAAUUCAGUGAAAGCUUGUGACGAGGAAACAUGGCCUCAUCUCUUCAUGAACGUAGUCUUGACUGGGGGUAAUGCCAAGUUUGCAGGAUUCAGAGAAAGAGUUUUAAAAGAAGUCAGAAGUCUUGCACCCUCAGAAUGCAAAGUGAAUGUUAUAUUGCCAGAGAACCCAAUUACUUAUGCGUGGGAAGGUGGUAAGGUGAUUACACAGGAUCCAAUAUUUUGUAAUAUGGUGGUUACUCGGGAAGAGUACGAAGAAGAAGGUCAAUCACUCUGCUAUGAAAGAUUUGAUGUAUAAGUCAAUUGUAUACAAUGAUAAUUUUCAUAAUAAAAACUUGAACAUCUGUACAGAAA